AUGGUACAUAUCCCCGGAGUGAAACAUCGUGCCGCUGACUGCCUAUCACGCUAUCCGACAGGCGAACUUGUGAAACUCAUUUUGACGGAUGACCUGUCAUCGAUUGCCUCGAACAAUGACGCUUUCCGACACCCGACCCAAUCACUGCCUGACCUUAGGGUGUACGACACCACUGAGAGUGAUAUCGAGGAGUGUGUGAUUGCAGCCGCUACCACAUCACUAAAUGCAUUAAACCUCAAGUCAGUCACAUGGGACAGAGUGCGCACCGCCACUGCCAGCGACGAAGAUAUGCUAGUAUUGACUGAGCUCAUAGAAUUUGGCAUGCCAGAAUUCCGCCAUGAAAUGCCAAACUCCAUUCGCGAGUAUUUUCAGUUCCGCGAUGAUCUGUCUACUAUAGACGGCGUCAUGGUUUAUAAAGACCGCAUCGUUAGCCCACCAUCUCUGCGAGACGAGGGCCGAAUCAUCUGUAUUCUGGGCAGGUUUACCCCUGCUAUUGCAGCACUCCGUGCUAGCUGCCUGCAAUGCAAUCGCAACGCACCAUCUAAUCCUAGCGUUCCACCAGUCCCUCCAACGAGCCCGGAAUACCCUUUCCAGUGUCUCUGUGCUGAUUUUUUCACAUGCAAAGGAAACCACUACUUAGUUAUCGUAGAUCGUUAUUCCAACUGGCCAAUAUUUGAAAGGUCCUCAGAUGGGGCUCUCGGACUCAUCUCCUGCCUCAGACGUACUUUUGUAACUUAUGGCAUACCCGUUGAGCUGGCCUCUGACGGAGGGCCUGAGUUUACUGCUACCAUCACUCAACAGUUUCUAGCUGAUUGGGGUGUUCACCAUAGGUUAUCCUCAGUAGCAUUCCCUCACAGCAACUGCAGAGCAGAGCUCGGCGUUAAGACAGUAAAGCGCCUUCUUAUGGACAAUACAGGUCCCUCCGGAACCAUUGACAUGGACUCAUUCCAACGUGCAAUGCUGCAGUAUAGGAACACACCGGACGGAGACACAAAGUUAUCUCCGGCGAUGUGCAUCUUUGGCCGUCCUAUUCGAGACUUCAUACCCAUAAUCCCGGGAAAUUAUAGACCUCAUGAAACGUGGCGCAGCACAUGGAAAACACGUGAAGAGGCCCUGCGGGACCGCCACAUAAGGUGUGCUGAGAGAUUAUCGGAGCAUACCAAACGGCUGCCACCACUAAUCGUCGGUGAUCAUGUGCGGAUUCAAAACCAAGUUGGACCGUAUGCAAGCAAAUGGGAUAAAACUGGGGUAAUCAUCGAAGUUCGACAAUUCGACCAAUACGUGAUAACCGUUGAUCCUCUGCAUCGUUUCUUUCUUCUCCCUUCCCGUAUCAUCCAUUUAAUCCUUUUCCUUAAUUUGUUAUUUCACUCAUUUUCUUCGUUUUCUUCCAGUUUUUUUUCUCCCUCUGCCAAUCAAUUCAUUUUUUUGUCUCUCUUUUUUCUCUCUUUUUGA